AUGGGUAGAGGUCGUUCUUGUCAACAAAAGGAUUCUAUUACAUUUGAGCAUUAUUAUCGCAUUGAUGUAUUUAAUGAUGUAAUAGAUUUUCAGUUGGUGGAGUUAAAUACUAGAUUUCCGGAGCAAACAGUGGGACUUUUUUAUCUGACCUCAGCAUUGGAUCCUCGUAAUUCUUUCAUGCGAUUUAGCAUUGAUGAUUUAUGUAAUCUUGCUGAGAAGUUUUAUCCUGAAGAUUUUACUACAACUGAGUUGCAGGCUUUAAAUCAACAAUUGGGAUUUUAUAAGAUUGAUAUGGACCGUCUUCCAGCCUUCAAGAAUCUUGAUUCCAUUCCUGAAUUGCUGAAGUGUUUACUUGAUACAGGGUUAGCACACACCUACCAUUUGGUUGAUAGAUUGAUUCGUUUGGUGUUAACUCUUCCUAUUUCUACAGCAACAACAGAACGUGCAUUUUCAUCUAUGAGACUUAUCAAAAAUCGACUUCGGAACAAGAUCGAGGAUGAGUUUCUUGCUGAUUGUAUAUUACUUCACAUUGAAAAAGAAUUUGUUGAUAGUAUUGAUAAUGAAUCACUAAUUAGUGAUUUUAACUCUUUGAAGUCUCGGAGGGUGCAACUUCAAUAG